AUGCCCUCCACCUUUCACACUUGCGAACGCGAAAAACUUUUCCUCAACCCUAGCGAUAAAAAAUUCGGAACCCCUGAAUUACAAAGACUCGUGAAACCUCAUAUCGACUCAUUUAAUUCUUUAUUGGAACCUCCUACCAAGGGAUUAUUGCAUUAUGCUGUUGACGAUAUUGGAGUCAUUGAAAUUGCCGAUGUUCCGCACAAUAGUCCCGAGAAGGGAAACAUAUUAAAAGUAUGGAUCGAGGAGGUAUUAAUUGGAAAGCCUUUUUUGUCUGAAAACAUUCGCGGAGUAAAAACAAGACAAAUAUUUCCAUCCGAGAGACGAAAUUACGUGAUGGCACUCGUCAGGCCAUCUUUUGCGAAACGUGGAACAUCUUACACCGAGUACGGCGUGUCCAUCCGGUGCGCCAAGCAAGAUCAGACAACUAUGACAAACACAUUGCAUUAUUUAAAAAAUGGGAACUGUAUGCUAAGGUUUGUUUGGCGUAAACAGGAAUAUAUGGUUCCUGUGAUGCUUUUAGCGAAGUCUCUGGUUGAGACUAAUGAUAGAGGGAUUUAUGAAAUGCUGAUGUUAGGCGACCUUGAAAAUACCUUCGUGUCGGACCGAGUGGAACUCAUGCUUCAAGAAUUUAAAACUCUCGGCGUAAAAUCUAGGGAACAAUGUUUAACUCUGCUGGGAGAAAAAUUUCGGGUGGUCUUUGGAGUACCAUCUCAUUAUUCUAACAAACGGGUUGGAGAACGUGUGAUAAAAAAGGUUCUGUUGGUACACCUCACAAAUGAUCAGGACAAGUUUAAUCUUUUAAUUUUUAUGAUUCGAAAAUUAUAUUCUCUCGUCGGUGGAAAUUGUUGUCCGGACAAUCCCGACUCACCACAAAAUCAAGAAAUUCUUUUGGGCGGUCAUCUUUAUGGAAUGAUCAUUAAGGAAAAGCUCGCCGAUUAUUUAAAUGGCAUCAGGAGUCAAGUUUUGUUAGACAUAAAUGCGAAAAAGAAUGUGGAUUUCAGUAACAGCUUCAUAUGUCCGGUGCAUACUCCCGAUGGAUCACCCUGUGGAUUGCUGAAUCACCUCUCAUAUUCCUGUCGAGUUAUCACGUCGAUUCUUAACGUCGACAAGAUUCCAUUAUUUUUGUCAGAAUUAGGUGUUUCUAUUAGACCGCCAAUAAAUGGAAGAGAUAUCAUCUGUGUUCAACUGGACGGAAAAAUAUUGGGAUGGUGUUCUGUUAAGCAUGCUCAAUCCAUUGCGGGCAAAUUGAGAAUAUUGAAAACCGAAGAAAAGAUGCCAAUCGACCUUGAGAUCGGUUAUGUUCCCCCAUCGAAUGGUGGUCAAUAUCCAGGGAUAUACCUCUUCUCAGGUCCGGGGCGUAUGAUGAGACCCGUCAAUUUUCUUGCAAAUGGAAAGACCGAUAUGAUUGGUUCAUUCGAGCAAGUUUAUAUGAACAUUGCGUGCUUACAAGAAGAUGUUGUCAAAGGCGUGACCACCCAUCAAGAAUGGUCUCCAAUUAACGUGUUAAGUAUUCUUGCCAAUUUGACGCCAUUUUCGGAUUACAACCAAAGCCCUCGAAACAUGUAUCAAUGUCAGAUGGCAAAGCAAACUAUGGGGACACCUUCGACGGCCCUAAUGCAUCGAACUGACAAUAAACUGUAUCGUUUGCAGACGGGUCAAACCCCGAUAGUGAGACCCGAGCUUCAUAACACCCUUGGAUUAGAUGCGUUUCCUAAUGGCACCAAUGCCAUCGUUGCCGUGGUCUCAUACACGUGUUAUGAUAUGGAGGAUGCCAUGAUCAUCAACAAGUCUUCCCAUGAAAGAGGGUUUGGAUACGGAACCAUUUAUAAAUCCGAGAUAAUAAGUCUCGAAGAUUUUCGCAGAAUCGGUGAUCCAAUUCAGCAUCAUUUUGGUCUUGGUGAAGACGCUCCACCUUCCUGGCGUGAAAAACUUGAUGAUGAUGGUUUGCCAUUCAUUGGUACCAGGUUGACGACCGAUGAUUCCUUGUGCGCGUACAUUGAUGAAACCAAAGGGGUCACGAAAGUGAAAAAAUACAAGGGACUAGAGGAUGCUUACGUUGACCAAGUUCGAUUGCUCGGCGAUGACUUGGGAAAGAACGAGGCUCAAAGGGUACACAUAAAGUUGAGAAUUCCCAGACCUUCGGUCAUAGGUGAUAAAUUUUCUUCGAGGCAUGGGCAAAAAGGUAUCUUGUCUCGAUUGUGGCCGCAGACGGAUAUGCCCUUUACGGAGAGUGGAAUGCAGCCUGACAUCAUCAUUAAUCCUCACGCGUUUCCUUCACGCAUGACCAUUGGCAUGUUUGUGGAAAGUUUGGCGGGAAAGUGUGGAGCCCUGUUUGGAAUAGCGCAGGAUUGCACACCGUUCAAGUUUGAUGAAGAACGUACGGCAAUCGAUUACUUUGGGGAGCAGCUUUUACGCGCCGGUUAUAAUUAUCACGGCAAUGAACCAAUGUACAGUGGAAUAACCGGCGAGGAAUUCCAUGCUGAUAUUUACAUUGGAGUGGUAUACUACCAACGUCUACGUCACAUGGUCUCGGACAAGUGGCAAGUCAGAGCUACCGGUCCUGUUCAUAAUUUGACGAUGCAACCGAUUGGAGGUCGUAAGAGGAGCGGAGGCGUUAGGUUUGGAGAAAUGGAGCGGGAUUCGCUUUUGGCGCAUGGAAUGAGCUUUUGUUUGCAAGACCGGCUGAUGAAUUGUUCGGAUUUUUCGCAGUGUCAUCUGUGUCGAAGAUGUGGUUCCAUCUUCACUUCGCUGUCACUGAAAACACACCAUACGAUAAAUUCCAAUCGCGCCUACAAGAAGCAUCACAUUCAAUGCGAUAUUUGCAAUACCGCUCGGUGGAUCACCUUGAUCAAAAUUCCCUAUGCAUUCAGCGGGAAGCCAUUGUUCCUUAACAACAUCUUCGCCAAAGCGUUGAAAGAGGAACAGGAGAAACAAGCUCAAGAGGAAGUUUCCGUCAAAAAGGUCGGUUGA